UCUCGGGUCUAAAAACUAAUAAUCGACGUUCGAAGAAUUUGUGAGCCAGUAGAAGCGCCGGUCUACUUAAAAAUUCAAUUGGUAAAAUCCACUUUCCCUCCUAACUUUUUCUAAUUUUUUGAAUCUCCCUCUCUUCUCUUCUUCCUCUCCACCAAUCUCUUCGAUUUUCUCUGGUAAAUUACGACGACGACGUAGAUUUAGGGUUUCUUAUUCUGGAGUCUCUUCUAGCUUCUCUCUGUGUGAUAUCUACGUACGGGGUUGAUAGUAUCGUUGAAGAGUAUGAAGCGUAAAAGAGGACAUAAGAAAGGGAAGAAGUCUAAGACUAUCAAUGAACAAGGGAACUUGAACGAGUCAACUGAAAACGCGGAGAAUCAAACCUCUGAGCAUAGUUCUGAAGCUCCUGUUGAGUGUGAGAAUAGUGAACUUGAAUCUAAAAUGGAGGUUGAUGCUCCUUCACCUAUUGCUGGAAGUGUAGAUCUAGCUGAUAAUAUAGCGGCCAAGUCUGUUGCGCGUGUUAAGGUUAAAUUGAAGACUUCGAAAGCACCUGAACCCAAUGAGACAUUGCGUGAUGAUAUCGAUAAGAGUAGUUCUCAAGCGGUGUUAGAAAAACCUGUUGUGCCUGUUGAGAAAAAGGAGGAAUUUGUUCCUCGUUUGCCUGAGAGGAAGCCGGUGUUUCUGAAUGUUUACAGGAAAACUAAAGGUAUAAGGAUAAAGUCUUCGAAGGCGGUUGAUGGGUCUAGCUCGGUUACUGAGAAGAGUGCUACUGAUACUGUCAAGGUUCAGGAUGUGGUAGUAGGUCAGAAGGAUACGAAAACGUCUGAGGAGAAUUCUCAAGCUAGUAAGAAAGAGGCGGAAAUUGCAACGAUUUCUUUGCAGAAAGAGGAGAAGAAGACUGAUCAAAAUUUACGAUACAAUAAGCAAGAACUGGAAGAUUCUCUUAUUGUGAUCAAGAAGAUUAUGAAGAUGGAGGCUGCUGAUCCUUUUAAUGUUCCUGUCAAUCCAGAAGCUCUUGGAAUUCCUGACUAUUUCGAUAUUAUCAAGACACCUAUGGAUUUUGGAACAAUAUGCAACAAUUUUGAGAAAGGCAACAAGUAUAUGAAUUCUGAGGAUGUUUACAAGGAUGUCAACUACAUUUGGAAUAACUGUUCCAAGUACAAUAAGAAAGGUGAUUAUAUUGUGGAUCUGAUGAAGCGAGUGAAGAAAAAUUUCAUGAAGUACUGGACUUCAGCAGGGUUGUAUACUGAGCAAUCAGCAGCAGAAAAUACAGAAGAUGGUGGAAAGGCAUCCACAAAGCAGAAGAGUCAUAAACGCCAUGGAAGGCACCACAAGAGUGAUUGCAUGUGUGCGAUAUGUGUUUUGAAGCGUCGUAAAAGAGAACGUGAACGAGAUUCUGGAGCUCAAGAGGAGUCUUCACCUGCGGGAAGUCCGUCUGUGGAUAAUUCAUCAGUAAACAUGGGUGAGGACAUGGAUAUUGAUGUUGACAAGAAACCUGAACAAGAAAAAACAGAAAUCGUGGAACUAGAUAGUCCGGUGUCAAAAACACAAAGAGUGAUUGAAAACAAACAAGAGGUGGAGGAAGAGGAAAACGUCGAAGUGGAGAGUGAAAAUAAAACCAAAGCUAAUGUAGAGGACAAGACUCAGUCGAUUGAUAGAUCAAUGGAAGAGACUGGCGAUGAGCCUGUGAAUAGUGCUGCAGAGAAAUUGGUUGUUUUAGCUUCCCUUGAAGGUCCAAAAUCGACUCAGAAUGAGGAAGAAGAGAAGGAAAAACGACUUCAAGAGCAAAAGAAACGGCUGGAGUUAGAGCGUAAAGAAUGGAGAAUGAAGAUGCAAGAAAAGUUCCAAGUCAGAAACCCGCAGCUUCUAAGUCUCUGUGAAACUCUCUUCCCUAAUGACAACAACCACAAUUCCGUAUGGAACGGACCUCACUCACUGUUUAGACGUCGCGGAGGUUCAAAUCGUAGUAGUGCUUUACACAAAGCAGUUGAGUCACUGAUGAAGUAGUAAGGAUUCAAAAUGUAACAUAAGUGUUUAGCUAUUCGUUUUACCUGUUUGUUACACUCAACACCAAUCACAAUAAGCAUCUUUGUCAAUGAAAACAGAUCAUAUAGCUGUUGAUGAAUUUUCCAAAAAAUAGCGAAUGUUAUUUGAAUUCCAGAAAUUGGGAAUGUAAAAGGUUUUCUGUUACAAGAGUGAGC